GGAAACACCUUGCCGAACAGAGUAACAGUAACCUGCCAAUCAUGCCAUCCGGAAAGUCAGGCAGCGGCUUACUCAUUCAGGCUUUCUCGCGCGAGAAGUCUGGCGUCAAUGACCCGGAAGCAGUUAGUGGCGCCUGCAAACCCAUGCCCUUCCGAGCUUUGCCCGGCAGACCCCGAGCACGCUGUACGUCACGGCCUUUGCUCAAUCGCCGAACAACUUAUCCAGCAUAUAUUUAAAAUCCUUUUUACGUCGUUGAUUCCAUCACACUUUCUCUCCUUCUUUCCUUUCUGGAUAAUUCUCAGCCUUAUCUCAAGGACAGUACCCAGUUACUUCAAUUAACUCAACCACCGUCAACAAACCACACACAUCACAAUGAAGCUCCUCACCAAAGAAGAAGAAGACGCCCACUACAGCCG